CCGGUUUAAAUGUUUUUGUUUUGAUUUUCGUCGACUUUCCUGUCAAAUGUCGUAAAGAUAAAAGAUAAAUUACAAAGAUUUGGAAAUACAUAAUAUCCUAGCACCAGUCAUCAUAAUUGACGUUAUUGAAAACAAUCAAUAAGCAACUUGCAAAAUGUACAGCAACUUUCAAUCUGCAGAACCGGAUUUGAGUGCAGGGAUGGGCCUUCUUGCUCACCUGAAUGUUGACGAACUUAAGGACAUCGUAAACAACGACGGCAAAUUUGAGGAUCUGCUUAAAGACUUGAAACAGAACAAAUCACAUGAAUCAGAGAAGGAGCUUUUACUGGCCAGCAAUCGCUCACUUGCUGAUUAUAACCUGACCUACGAACCAAAGUUGCGAGAGGGCAAGGAACGAUUCUUGAAGUUAUCUGAACGGGCACAGGAGCUUUGUCAGAGCGUACAGGCCAAGUCUGCAGAGUUAGCUCAAAAGUCAGGAAACAUGUCUUUGGACUCGGCUCUGGACAUCUUAAAAGCAGCCGCAGCUGAGAGUGAAGAGGAGUCUGACGCGCUUGCAGAGCAGUACAUGUCAUCGGAGAUUGAAUUGGACCCUUUUAUUGACCAGUUCUUGGUUCAGCGCAAGCAGAUGCAUCUCCGAAGGGUCAAGGCUGAUAAAAUGGCCGAAAUUUUGGCAUCGCCUUUGGAAUCGAAUCCUCCACCAAUACCAGCGAGACUUCCUUAUCCACUGCAAUCCACACCUUAUCCGGUUUCCAACAAUAACAUGCCUUAUCCCCCUUUUUAAAAUUUUAGGAAUAUCAAAAUUAUUCCAUCAUGUAUAAUUAUAAUUGUUUUUGAAUUAUAAUUUUAUUAAGAAUUAAUAUUGUAUAAAUUAUUAAACUAUAAAUUUGUUCUAUGGAAAUUGUAGUUUGCGUUCAAGUUAUAUAUUUUUGCUUGAUUUUCAAGGGAAAAAUUAUUUAUACAAUUUUAAUUUUUAUAAAUUUGUUCUUGUAUUAAGCAGAUUUGCAGAAA